CCCUCAGUUUUUACUUUCGCUUUCGCUCCAAAGUGAAAGUAAACUUCAGUCUGCGUGUUCGGGCGUCUGGAGGCGUCUUGACCGCGGUUUCAUCGAUAAACGCCGUAAUUGAUGAUAAUCACGUUGAAUCCGAACACGUUUGGCGUCGUCUUCGGUGAAAGAACAAAUACCAGCUGAAUCGUUCUUGCCGUUGCUGUGGAGUUUGGCGACGUCUCGUGAAUCCCAGCGUAGCUUUCGCACGACUCCAACCUGAGCAGAUCUAAUCAGCCACAAUAACAGCAAACACUAGAAAAAUGGCCGAGGGGCACAACCGCCGCAACGACAGCUCCCAGAUGAAAGAUUUGAUUCAGUUUGAUGACCACUCUGAAAACUGCCACCAGGAAAAACACGAGCAUGAAACAGAGCACAACAGCAAAGACAGCUCUAGUCAGGCCGGCUGCACCUCCUCCUCCUCCUGCUCCUCUGGACCCUCCAGUGCCGGGGCUGCCGGUCGUACCCAGGCGGAGUGGGAGGAGAGGGAGGAGCCGGUGGAGACCCAGAGGGAGGACGGCACCUCAUCAUGUUGUCACCUGGACGAUCUGAAGCGACUUCCACAGUGCCAGAAGAAGCUGGGGCCCCUGCAGUUCAGCAGUGACCACACCAUCCUCAUAGAUGUGGUUGCUUUCAGAAAUGAAGGACUUAAGCCCCAGCAAGGGAGAGAGAUGUGGCACAGUAACUUUGUGAAAAUGCCGUGUUCACCAUCGAGUAUCAUCACAAAGACUGGACUUACAAAGCAACAGGUGGUGAGGUGGAAGGUGAUCACCAAGCACCUGAACAAUCUGGCCAAGAAGACGACAGUGAGCGUUGAGAAUGUGAAGGAAGCUAUCAUCAAAUAUAACCCGAAGUAUGAAGGUCAGUGGUCCUUUGAUGCCCUCGCCAAUUUUGUGCAGCGUAUCCCGAAAGUAGAAAAUUACUUCGACACACUGUUUCCAAAGAUCGCUGCGUUGGCCUUGAAGCUGCCACAGUAUGUGAUGAAGGCCAUCCCGCUGCUUCAGAGGGGACACGCUGCAACCAUCACUCUGUCGCAAGUUCAGAUAUCCUGCCUGCUUGCGAACGCAUUUUUCUGCACCUUCCCUCACCGCAACACCUCCAGUUCCAACGCAGAGUACCACAGCUACCCCACCAUUAACUUCAGCAGUCUGUUUGGAAACUGGUCAGAACGGAAGAAAGAAAAGCUGAGGGCCAUCAUGCAUUACUUUAAUGUGGUUACAGAUGAGACGACUAAACCAAAUGGACUGGUGACGUUUGAGAGGCGUUGCCUCAGAGACACGGACGUACCCAACUGGAGAAGCUGUAAGGAGAAGAUGCCUAAGCUGCAUGUCACAUCACACGGCACCAUCGAGACUGAAGGUACAGGCAUGCUGCAGGUGGAUUUUGCUUCCAGUUGGAUCGGUGGAGGUGUUCUGGGCUCUGGUCUGGUGCAGGAAGAGAUCCUGUUCCUCAUAAAUCCAGAGCUGAUUGUAGCCCGCCUCUUCACCGAGAAACUCAACGACAACGAGUGUCUGAUCAUUACAGGCUCUCAGCAGUUCAGCUGUUACUUCGGUUUUGGUGACACCUUUGAGUGGGCAGGCCCUCACGAAGACCGCCUCAGAAGAGAUAAGUGGAAUCGGCUGGAGAGGCAGAUCUUAGCCAUUGACGCUCUGAACUUCAAACACAGAAGGGAGCAGUACAAUAUGGCGAAGGUCACACGGGAACUCAACAAGGCGUACUGUGGAUUUAAGUGUCAUGGGGACAACGAGCCAGACAUCGCCACGGGCAAGUGGGGCUGUGGAGCUUUCAAUGGAGACCCACAACUCAAAGCUGUGAUCCAGCUGAUGGCAGCAGCAAAGGCGAAGAGAGGACUGGCCUUCUUCUCCUUUAAGGAUGAAAAACUGAAGCAAGACCUGCAGCAGACGUACCACCUGCUGGUCACAGAACAGACUACAGUCGACAAACUGUACGGACUUCUGGAGGACUACUGUGUUUUCCAGCGCACAUCCGGUGGUCCACAUGUGGAUCUGUUUGAGUUCCUCAGGAACUCCAUCAGACACUCCAGGAGUCAGCUGUGAGGACCACGUCCACGUCUCAAUUUGCACUGAAAUCCAGCAGGAAUGGAAACAGAAAUGAAGAAGGAGCUAAUCAUAUAUUUUCUGUUUUGUUGUGUAAAUAUAAUUUUUUUGUUGUUGCAUUUUUAGCUUAAUUUCAUAGUCGGCAGCGUAGCGAUAGGCAGAGAGAUGAGUACGACUUGCAACAAAGGCCCCCAGCUGGAAUCAAACCAGGCAUGUCGUGGUUACGUGGUGGCAAUUAAGUCAGAGGGGAGGUUUUUUAUCUUAGUUUGUGCUUUGAGAGUUUCACAAAACAUCCUAAGGCUGAAAGAACCUCCUAAAUCCUCCUAAACUCGGCCAUUUAACUCCUAAAAAUAAGGGACGUGUCAGUCCUAACUUUAAGACUCCUAGGUUUUGGGUGAUUCAUAAAGCAUUUCAGUGCUAAAAGCAGCUCCUCUGCCUGAGAGGAGUCCUGAGUGAGACCUGCUCACAGUCCGUCAGCUGCUGCAGGUAGCUAAAUAACCUGUAAAAGCACAUUUUGAUGGCGGUGAGUUUGGACGAAGGAGCUAGUUUUAGCGCUAAAAUGCUUUUAAAAUGACUCUUAAGACAAUAAACUUUGAAGUCCUUAAGUUAGGACUGACUGUAAACUGACAGCCAGUUACAGUAGGAGCUCAGGAUGUUUUGUGAAUACGGGCCCUGACGCAUAAUGAUGGAUAAUGUUGUAUUUACAUCUUUACUGACUUUUGCUCCUUCAGCUUUGUUUUACGUACAGUUCCACAUAUAAUCUGGGAAGCGAAUCCCAGGGCAAAACUUACUGCUGCUCAUAAAGCUUCCUGCUGUGAGUGAACUGUAAUAAUUAAACCAAGAUGAGCGUAUGAAGGUUUUUAUCAACUCGGCUCUUCUCUCGCCUGGAUGUUUGUCGCUGGACAGUCAGAGGACACUUUCUCAGCUAGACUUUAGUCAGUAAAUCAAACAGAAAACUCAUCAUCAAACAAUCUGUUUUAAGUGAAUAUUGUGGCCUUUUCAAAUCAACUGAGAUACAUACUGUUCGACUUCCACGACGAGUGUUAAUUUACAAUGAUUGAUGGCCUUCUCUGCUGCAUUAAUACAGUAAUAAUUUAGUCAGACGUGUUAUUGCAAAUAAAAGACUGUACAAGUUGUUUUAGCACCUCAAACUGAAAAUAAAAACUCUAACAGCACA